AUGUCGGACGAAAGACCCCCUUGGACAGACUCGGAGCGAUUUGAUCCAAACGUCCUCUCGCGAAAUGAGCAGUACUGGCGAGAUCGUCAGAAAUGGCUGCAAGAGCGGGGGUAUAUGUUAAGGCCUCGUUUCAGGCCGGAGUGGGUACCUUCAUGGAAAACCACUAACAAGUCACCCAUCGAUUGCGAAGAUUCGAAUAUGUUAUGGUACAGUCAUCUAAUGGAUGCUACACGCAUAUCGGAUGGGGCUCUCGUCGGCCUCAAGAGAGUGUAUAAGUCUAUCCAUCCCCAUGAGGUCGAAAUAUCAAUGUUUCUACUCUCGGACGAGCUAAAGUCUGAUCCUCGCAAUCACACGGCGCCGAUAUAUGAGGUUCUCCAAGUACCGGAUGACGAGGAUGCGGUCCUCAUAGUCAUGCCAUUCUUCCGCAAGUAUGAUUCGCCCCGAUUCGACACCGUAGGGGAGGUUAUCGCUUGUAUCCGGCAAAUUCUCCAGGGUUUGCAGUUCAUGCACGAGCAUCUCGUCGCUCACCGUGAUUGCAACUCGCGCAAUAUCAUGCUCGACCCUAGGCAGAUGUAUCCCCAGUCCUUUCACCCCGCGGAUCCGGAUUCUAAGCGAGAUUAUAAUGGCUUCGCCAAGUAUUAUACGCGGACGCAGCGUCCACCCAGAUACUACUUCAUUGACUUUGGUAUCUCCCGUCGAUAUCGGCCAGAAGACAUGCCACCUAGCGAAGAGAUCAUACGGGGUGGCGACAAAACCGCGCCAGAAUUCAACAAUCCCAGCGGCGUUGCUAACCCAUUUCCUACUGACGUGUAUUUCAUUGGGAACAUGCUUAGGGAAGAUCUGCUGCGGGACAAGUAUGGAUUCGAUUUCCUGUCUCCUCUUGUCGCCGAUAUGGUCCGAGCGGAUCCCAGCAAGCGGCCAACCAUCGACGAAGUGAUCUCGCGAUUCGAGCAAUCUGUGAAGCAGCUCAGCUCUUGGAAGCUGAGGUCUCGCGUGGUUGAUCGGGACGAACAUCCGGUGGUGGGAUUAUAUCGAUCUGUUGGCCACUGGACAAGACGAAUACGCUUCAUCUUGACACGCGUGCCACCGAUACCCAUGCCUGCCUGA